CAGUUCAAAACUACGUCGGGGUUCGAACCGACGGGCCUACGGUGUAACAGUGGAAGUCGGAGUUCUUGUGUUGUGUUGUGAAGUGUUACGGAUUUUUUUGCCAUGGUAUUAUUAUGGUGAUAAACGGCUAACAUUGGAAUGACCUCCAACGCGGUCAGAGUGUGUCAAGCCCCCCUUGAAGAUGAAAUGCUCUUGGCCCACGGCACUGUUCUUUUUGAUAUGCCUAACGCAGACCGCUACCGGACAUAGGCCUCUCCCGUUCAAAAGGCUCUGCAAUGAUGUCGCAUCAAAGAGGAAUCACACACUGAAACCUAGAGUAGUUCUGCCGGAAAACUAUGUCAAAGAAAUGCGGCCGCCGGCGCGUAAAGGCCAGCCGGUUAUUGUGGAGUUCAGCAUCUACGUUGUAGACGUCAACUCCAUCAAUGUUGAGGACAUGGACUUCAGAGUGGAUAUGUUUAUAAGGCAGACUUGGAGUGAAAGUCGGCUGCAGCUGCCAGAAGACAUCUUCGAGGAAGGUGAUGACCACGUGACCUUACCGCCAGAGUUCUUCGACAACCUCUGGCAUCCAGAUCCUUACUUUUUGAACUCCAAAGUCACAGAAAUUGCCGAGCUUACCCACAAGUUUUCUUCAGUGACGCUGUACAGAAACCAAACCGUCCGGUAUUCGGCUAGGAUGCACGCUAUCAUCGCCUGCCAGAUGGAAUUUCAACUUUAUCCCAUGGACAUACAGUCGUGCCCUAUUUAUAUUGAAAGCUUUUCAUAUAGUAAUCAAAAAGUCCGGUUUCGUUGGAGCGAAGCUGGUGUGACCAUUAACCCUGAGCUGAAACUUCUGCAAUAUCAUAUCGGAGAGCCACUGCGGCUUGAGGAAACUAAUGGAUACAUGAUCGAUAAGGACGGUAACUACUCAAGAUUGGUAGUGUACUUCAGGUUCGAGCGGCAAAUCGGUCAUCAUUUAAUUCAAACCUUCGCACCUUCAUCUCUAGUCGUGAUGUUGUCAUGGUUCAGCUUCUGGCUGGAUCUGGACGCGAUACCUGGACGAGUGACACUCUUAGUAACAUGCAUGUUGACGCUGGUCACCAUGUUCACCGGAUUAAGAGCUGAUAUUCCACCUGUGGCUUAUGUUAAGGCCUUGGACCUCUGGAUGGCUGGCUGCAUGAUGUUUGUGUUCGCUGCUCUGGGAGAGUUUGUCGUCGUGAAGGUGUUGGACAAGCAGUAUCAGAUGAACAAGACCAAAGCCCAGGAGUCCAUGCCAAGGAUCAUACCGGUGCGUUUGAAUGGAGAGAAGGGUUCUUGUGGGACCCUUGCAGCUUGGGAGGGGAGUCAGGUUAGGUGCCGCAAGGUGGACCUGACGUCUCCUACGUCGCCCCCUGCAGCCACUCCAGCGGUACACCCAGCUCCAUCAGCUACGCAUGCCACCGCCCACCUGGUCGGCGUUGAACGACGGCAGAGCAUACUUCAGGUCGCCUGGCUAGACGCUGACACGGGUCAAGAACGAGUUCUAUGGAGGGAGAUCGAUAAACUCUCUCGUGUGGUUUUUCCAGCACUGUUCCUCCUCUUCGUCACCAUGUACUGGCCUGUCCUCCUCCUCAAAACGAAGACCUCCUCAUAACAAUUAGAUUCCUCGAGCCAUACUGUCUCUGCCUAAAACAUUCGUGAAUUAAUGUUGUAUCAAGGCUUCAGAAAUGCCUGUAAUGUCGACUGAAGUCAAGUAAGCACAAAAUUAAAGGCUUUACUGAAUCGACUAGGUUAUUACUUAUUAGGGCCUUUUGAAUUAUUUCGUAUGAAAUGGGAAUUCGUAUGAAAUUGGAGUUUUAGGUAUUAGUUUUGUCGGAGAUUAAAGGAAAGGUAACCGAAGAUACAAAAAUUAGUUCGCAUGACGACACGUAACACUGUCGGGACGAACUUUUUUGGUUGAUUGACUUAUUUAAAUGUGAAGGCAUUUAAACUGAGCACUGUAGUAGUUUGGCUCGAAAAUAAAAAGACAAAAAGCCCUCAGGAUUUACAGAGAGACCUAAAAAAACUAGAACACUUUGAUCUUAAAGUGUGACACCGAAGCAAAGGCCUUUGAAUUCUAUGUUAAUCUAACAGCUAGGUUUUUUCUUCAAAGGAAUAGCGACAGCGAAAAUUAUCUUGAUUAAAGAAAAUGUAGGAAUCUACAGCUCAAUUUCUUUUUCUGCGUAUAAAUAAUUUUCAUUUUUUUUUUUUUGUUAUAAUCGAAAAAUAUCAACGAUGUCUCUCCCAUAUAAAAUAUUCCGAGAAAAAAAAUCUUGUAGGAGGAGAAUGUACAGUUAUUAGUUUUAAAAAGGUUGAGGGUAUCUUGAAUGUAGAUAUAGCUAUAAGUAGAUGCUUGACAAAAUAUU